AGGCGCCUCUGAACGCAUCGCGGCCACCAUUGUCGGAGGAGGGAGGAGAAUAGGGAGAGUCAGCCUGUCUUUCCUUUUUACCGACAUCAGUGGACGUCUGCCGGCCUCAUUCUAGUUUGUUAAUAACGGUCUGGGACAGAACGACUCCGUUCAAUAGUCCAAAAGACCCCGCUGAGGAGAUAUUAGCCCUUUGCUUUGUCGCCACACGACCUCCAGACACCGGCUACUUUCCAUUCACCGCAUCCAGAAGCGGAGCGGGGCUUCAAGAGGCUUUCUUGGGGACAAGGCCCUCCGGUACAUCAGUGGAAAUGGGGACGCUGGAUGCGUUAUCUUGACAUUUCCAAAUCUAAUUCGAAUCUUUGGACAAACGCGGCAAACCCGUUAGCCAGCUAGCUUCCUAUCCCGCUGUGGUUUCGUUCUAGUUUCUCCCGAUGUGACUGAAGACUUUGCUUCUUAACCUCCGGGAUCAUCCUGUUAGCGACGCCGUCUGUCCUCUGGAAUGCGGCAAUAGAGCUGAAGGGUUUGGAGACAGUGAGCCCCCAGUAAAGUUGAGGUCGAAAGUUGGGCCUCUGUGUACAGUAUUUGUUUUUCUCGACGAUGCUGAGUUGGUGGAGCUGCGUGGAGCUUACUGGACUCUUUGUCGUGCUGCCUUCACGGACUAUCACCAUGAAGAUUGUAUGAGAGUCCCACCUUUCCCCCUCAAAUCCGCUGCGUCUGCUGUUAUUGACAACCAGAGCGUGAUUUGACUGGCCUUGUGUGGUGAACACAACAGUCUGCUCAUUUACCUUCUUCUGACCGGAAUCGCACUCGGGGACGAGCAUGUCUUUAUUAAGAGCCGCACUGCCCGGAAACGAGCGGAAACCGGAUCAUCACACCUCGCUGUCCAACAGCCGCUCGGACAAGGGUCCAGGUUGGUCCAGCCGCUCGCUGGGUGCCCGAUGUCGUAACUCCAUUGCGCUAUGCUCAGAUGAACAGCCGCACAUCGGAAACUACCGGCUGCUCAAGACCAUCGGCAAGGGCAACUUCGCCAAGGUCAAACUGGCUCGACACAUCCUGACUGGCAAAGAGGUUGCAAUAAAAAUAAUUGAUAAAACACAACUCAACCCUUCGAGCCUACAGAAGCUUUUUCGUGAGGUCCGCAUCAUGAAAACCCUCAACCAUCCCAACAUAGUCCAGCUUUUUGAGGUCAUUGAGACGGAGAAGACACUAUACCUGAUUAUGGAGUACGCCAGUGGAGGGGAGGUGUUUGACUACCUCGUGGCUCAUGGCCGCAUGAAGGAGAAAGAAGCCCGCGGCAAGUUCCGACAGAUCGUGUCAGCAGUGCACUAUUGCCAUCAGAAGAACAUUGUUCACAGAGACUUGAAGGCAGAGAAUCUGCUCUUGGACGCCAACUCCAACAUCAAAAUCGCUGACUUUGGCUUCAGCAACGAGUUCAUGGCUGGCAGCAAACUGGACACCUUCUGUGGCUCGCCGCCCUACGCCGCGCCCGAACUUUUCCAAGGCAAGAAGUACGAUGGUCCCGAGGUGGACAUCUGGAGCCUGGGCGUCAUCCUCUACACCCUGGUCAGCGGCUCGCUGCCCUUUGACGGCCAAAACCUGAAGGAGUUGCGUGAACGUGUCCUGAGAGGCAAAUACCGUGUGCCCUUCUACAUGUCCACAGACUGCGAGGGAAUCUUGCGCCGCUUCUUGGUCCUCAACCCGACUAAGCGCUGUUCAUUGGAGCAAAUCAUGAAAGACAAGUGGUUGAAUGUGAGCUAUGACGGAGAAGAGCUGAAGCCUCACAAAGAGCCCGAGGAGGACUUCAACGACACCGUCCGCAUCGAUGUGAUGGUGGGGAUGGGUUUCACCAGAGAGGAGAUCCGAGAUUCUCUGGUCAGUCACAAGUACAAUGAGGUGACGGCCACGUACUUCCUGCUGGCACGAAAGAACGAGGCCGAAAGCACAGUGUCCCGAUCAGCCAGCAGUCUCAGCCUGGCUCGCGCCAGGACUGGUACCAUCGCCAACGGUACCAGCAAACACUCUACUUCCUCUUCUGGUGCUUCGUCCUCCUCUUCAGCCCACAAGCCACAACGCAGCGUCUCCACCUAUCAGCGCCAGAGACGACACUCUGACUUCUGUGCUCCGGCAGCUCCUGGGUCGGCGCAUCCCAAGCGCAGCCCGAGUGGGGUGGGAGAAGCAUCUGGGCUAAAGGAGGAAAGGCUGUCAGUCCGCAAACCCAGCAACAGUACCGUCAGUUCUCGGAGCAUCCCGACGCCCUCCAGUCCGAUGGUCAGCUCUGCUCACAAUCCCAACAAAGCCGAGAUACCUGACAGACGGAAGGAGGCCAACUCCACCACGAAUAAUGUCUCUGCUAGUGGCAUGACGCGAAGGAAUACGUACGUGUGCAGCGCAGACAGACAGUCGUUGUUGCAAAACGGCAAAGAGAACAGUUCCCUUUCCCACCGGCUGCCCCCCGCCUCUCCCUCUACCCACAGCUUCACAGGCACGUCAGCCUCUUCCGCCUCCUCGACCUCCACAACCUCCUCGCGUCUCUCACGGGGCUCCACGGCCAGAAGCACCUUCCACGGCGGGCAAAUCCGAGACCGCCGGCCGCCCUUACACGGGACGGCGGCUUCGCCCACUCUGUCGCACGACACAGGUGGCACCCUGCCUGGUGCCAGAAUUCCACGCACCCCCAGCAACCUUCUCAGCAAGCUCACCUCCAAGUUGACCCGCAGGGUCACUCUUGACCCUUCUAAGCGUCAGAGUUCAAACAAAUCCGUGUCGGGCUGCAACCUCCCGCAGGCCACAAAAACAGUUAACGAACCUGAGAGAAUCAGCAGAUCUCCGGUCACAAGUCGCCAUAUAUCUGGGCAUCAAAAAGCGGCAGAGCCCCGGACCCCCCGAUGCGGCUGGGAUGUGAGGGUGCGCAGCCCCCGCGACCCGGCCGAGGUGGUCCUGGCUCUACGGGAGGCGGCCCAAGGCUGCGGCUGCCAGGUACAUCUGGCAGGCCCCUUCCUACUGUCCUGCACACACGGAGCGGCCGGUGCCCGCGUGGCUUUCGAGGCAGAAGUGUGCCAGCUGCCCGGCGGGCCGGCGCAGAGCACCGGCGUGCGCUUCAAGCGUCUCUGGGGGGCACCGCUCGCUUUCAGAGACAUUGCUACCAAAGUGUCCAAAGAGCUGGAGCUCUGAGGGCUAAGUUGGGAAAUUAGGAUGGCGGGGAAGAAGAAGUGGGCACAAACCUCUCGCCGUAAUGCCGCCAAAGACCCUCGUCCUGUGUCCCAUCUUGAACUGCUGAAAACAAGCAAAAAGAUUACACACUUUGCUUUAUCAUGUUUGACUGAUCAGCUACCAAUGAGUGUUAAGACCACAUUCAAAAGAACAAUAAAAUACUCUGGAUUAAUACCACCAGAAUAAACUCAUCAUUUUAGGAGAAUGGAGUCUUAUUUUUCAAGGGAGAAAAGGAAUCUCAUUAGCACUGUCUUUGUUUUUCAAGGAAAUUAUGUAUUUUUCAGAGGGGAAAAUAGCAAUUAUUGAAAAGGAGCCACAUUCUACAAAGUUGUCAAAUUUUUAGCAAAAAAUUAUGACAAUCUUAAUUUAUUUCCCUGCCCAAAAGUUUAUUUUGAAAAAAAGUAGUCUUAAAAAAAGAAAAUUGUUUUCAAAAAGGAUUUUUUGAAAAAUCUUGAUUAUUUAGAGGUGGAGAAUACCUGUAGUUGGAUUUGUUUCAAGAGAAAAGCAAUUUUGUUUUAGGGGCAAAAGUAAAUAUGAAAAACACAACAAACCUUUGAGCAUUAUUUCAUUAUUUUCAUGACAAAAUGCUCAUUUUCACGAAUUAAAUGAAAUUUUUUCUUGAAAUUUUUAUUUUCCAGUACCGUGUUACUAUUAGGUGAAGUGAAGAUACAAAAGAAUUCCCAUUGAAUGAUUAUCACGUUAAAUUUCUAUUUUGAUCUCAUAAUAUUAAUAAUAAAUUCUUAUUGAAUAUUUGCAGUUUUAUUAUCACAAGAUUGUGUUCUAUUUUCUCCCCCAAAAAAAGACUUUUGGAAGAUCCCAACUUUAUUCUGGUUGUGUAGUCUUGGGUUGUUGUUUUUUCCAGUGUGGUCCUAAUACCCAUUUAUAAUUAGCUAAGAUUCCACCCCAAUAAGACUUCAUUCCCGACUGAAAUGCUGCUAUUUACAGUCACGUUUAUCAACUUUUUUUGAUAAAAAGGAAAGAAACAAACAGCAAAAAAGUAGCGAUGCUGACCUCUAGACUCUAGAGUGAGUUAUGGUCCAAUCAUCAUCACAGUUACAACCACACAGUUCUAUUAUAGUUAUAAUACUAUUUCCUGUUGUGUCCCCCCCCCCCCAAAAAAAAACUGAGGCAUGAUGGAUUUGUUGGUUCACACCUUUAAGUCAGCCUAAAAAGUUGAUAAAUUUGACUUUUUCUACAUGAAAAAUUGUUUUAAUCCAAGCGGCUAAUUGGACUUCUCAAAUGUAUUUGUUGAUUAAUGCUCACACAUUUUUCGCUACCCAUCACACAACUUAUCGCUACUUAUGACACAAAAAAUGCUGUUUAAUGUUAAAAAUAUAUUAAAAAUUGUUAAUUGAUUUCCUAUUAUUGUCUUAAAGGAGAGAACAAGCAUCCACUCCAAUUUCUGAGGCGUAUUUAUUGUUCAUGCUCACAUGUUUGGCUACCUAGCAUUCAGCUGCAAAUGCAGUCUCACAUUAAAGAGUAUCCAAAACAUCGGACCUGACAUUACGUCAUUGUUUCCAAGCAGUUGUGAUUAGCUUAUGUAUUUGAUCAUGUAUUUUUUGGUUAAGACUAGCACCUUUUGCUGCCUAGCAUCAAAAUGAUAGAAUUUGCACAAAAAUCCUAUUUAGUAUUAAAAAAAGAAAAUCAAAAAUGUUGGACAUGA